AUGCUGCAGGACACCCUCAGAUUUCUUUCGCGCAACUUGUUGAAAUCCGACGUCUUCUCUAGGCAGCCACCCUCACAGACGAACAACAUGGCGACCCCCAAAAUCACCACAAUACCCACCGAAAUCCUCACGACCAUAUUCGAGUACUUUGUAGACGACCACGAAACGCUCAAAAAUGUCAGCAAGGCCUAUCCAGAGCUCGCUCCAGCGGCAAACACAGUACGCAACUCCGUUCGAAGAAUCCUUGUCCGCGGAAAUGGUGCACACGAAGCGUGCACAGAGUUUCUCCAAGAGCUUUGUCUGGCCCAUACACCGUCUGGUAAACCCAUUGGACCCAUACGCUAUCUUGAGCUCGUCUUCGACAGCCGGGCACAAUUCCGACUAGAAAACACAUUGCAGGACAUCCUGGAUUUCCUUCCAGCGGUCCAACACGUCACGCUCAAAAUCAACGCUCGGCCCUUCCCCGAAAGUCCUAAGCAGGAGCUUAUCGAAAAUUUCAAAGAGAAAACGCGCGGAGCCGUGGAAGACUAUACGAAACUCAUGGACAUGCUCAACUCACUGAGGCCGGCAAGAAAAAUCGGUCUUAGCCUCAUCAUCAACGAUUGCAUACUCCGUACCUCACCUAUCAUCGCACAACAAUACCCAAACAUCACGCUCCGAGAAUUCGACGUCAAGAUAUACUUGUGUCAACGCAAUACCCUCGCCGCCUUGGCCCAUCGUCUGCUCUACGCAACGAAAACCCUGACCGACUUCACGAUACUAGAGGACCAAAAGAGUCCAUGGGAAUGCGACUGGAUCCCUCUUCUCAUGCCGUUUUCCGGUCUCACUUCCCUCAAAAAACUACACAUAUCGUCUGGCUGCUGGUUCUCAAACUCGGCAUAUAACGCCAUGCAGGGUCGCCAGGGCUUUCUAUGGAAAGGCGAAAUAGUACGCCCAUCCAUCGUCCAUUUACUGCCCCCAUCGCUUUCCUCGCUCCGAGUAGACUUUAGUGGUAGCGCGGCCAUUUUCGCCGUGGGUGAUGGAUACCGUGCCGCCUUCUUCCGCAUGACGUCCGACGAGAUCAAAAUGAAAAUGAGACCGUGUUGGAACUGGAUAUACGAGAUUGCCGCUGCUGAUCCUUCGCGAUCUCCUCGAUUGGAGAAGGUGGAGGUGCUGGAGCUGAAAUAUGUGGUCAGUGAUAGGGGUAGGGUCGUCAGGUGUGCGGAGCCGAUGGAUUGGGACCCGCCUGAUGAAUUGAAGAAGGCGUUUGCGGAUAGGGGGAUCGAAUUGACGAUUCAGAUCAGGGAAACCGACGUUUCAGUCUCCAGAAACAUGUCCAAACCCAUAAUCACCACGCUUUCAAACGACGUCUUGGAUCAAAUCUUCGAGGAUGUGGAUCGAAAGGAUCUGCUGAGUCUGAUCAAGACGCACCGAGUCUUUCACAAAUCCGCCCAACGCCUCUUAUUCCAGUCGAUUGACCUCCCUGUACAAUCGACCCUGGCCCCUCCAUUCGUUCAAGGCGGGCAUGCUGCGGAAGUCAGCCAUCUACCGACACCCCAGGAUCGGCAGGAUCCGGAUGAAGAGCCGCUGCGGUAUCGACGGGAACCCCUUCCAUUACUACCUCCGGUCUUCCUGCCACUAGAAGACUAUCAGAUCCCAAAAGAGUACAGGGAGCACGAGGCUUUUGGCAAUGUCGCGGCUCGGCAGCAAAGGAUUGCCUUGUUCCUCCAGGCUAUCGAGAAGGCGCCGCAGCUUGCAGAACAUGUACGCCACGUCCGGCUAGACUGCGAGUGGGGCCUACCGCUUUUCGUCCACGAGCAAGCCAUCACCAUAUUCGAUAAACUGCCGAACGUGCGAAGCAUCGAGGUCACAGUCAAAGACCGGCUGAAGGGUUCGAGAUGGGAUGCUUACCAGAACAUCUGCAUGAAGCAACUCUGGGCGGUACUCGAAGAUGAACCCAUCGAGACCGUCACUUUGAAGACACCGACGUUAAGGAUCCUCCGUGAACUCAUCCAGAUCCCUACUUUGAAGACAUUCUUGAUUGAAACCCCGGCGCCCUGGCAUGAAAGCCCUGAGUCCGAUAUCAAGAAAUUUCGCAUCAUUCACAAUUGGUUCGAGCCCGAACCCGACUCCCUCCCCAACCUCACACACUUCAACUCGGGAACCUUUCAAAUCAGCCCUCUCGCUCUGGGGAAACUGCUACGCCUAUCUGAGAAGACCGAGUCACUGCACCUAACCCUCAACUGCCUGUACGCCUGGCAAAGGGACAUUAUACCACCAUGGUUUCGUCCCACACCCCCUACCCCUCAAACCGUCAUCGACGUCCUGCAAGCAUACCCAGACCUCCCUUCCAGCUUAAAACAACUCUCCCUCCUCGAACCCCCUUCCGCCAACUUCAGAGAACACCCCUACCCGCCCUUCACCCCCUCCUUCACCUUCCUCAAAAACCUGCGCGUCCUCCGCGUAACCUCAUCCCUCUUCUACACCAAUGCCCACGACCUCCCCAACUCCGCCAAGAAAACAUGGAUCUGGCAGAAGCAGGACCGUUGCGCCGCAGCCGCAUACACCCUCGUUCCCCCCUCGGUUCGCGAACUAGAAAUCCAAUUCCCGAUGCCCGCAGAGGCUAUCUUCGCCACGGGCGAAGGCCGCGCGCAGUUUAGGCGUUUGCCGCAGGCGCUGCCGCCCAAGGGGUUGAACUGGAUAACGCAGUUUGCGGAGAUGAAGUUGAGUGGGCGAGGGUUUUUGACUGAGCUCACGUGUUUGAGGCUAACGGAAGUGGCGGGUGUUGCGAGCAAAGGGCAGGCUUCUGGGGCGUUUGAGGCGUAUAAGCCACCGAGGGUUGUUAGUGAGACUUUUGCUGAGGCGGGGAUUGAGCUUGUUAUUCGGCUUGCGAAAGCAUAG